AUGAAGGGAACAGAUCAGUCUUCUACAGGUACUGUAGAAGAAGGUACUGUAGAAGAAGGUACUGAUGUACCUUCUACUUCUACUGUAGAAGAAGGUACUGAUGUACCUUCUACUUCUACUGUAGAAGAAGGUACUGAUGUACCUUCUACUUCUACUGUAGAAGAAGGUACUGAUGUACCUUCUACUUCUACUGUAGAAGAAGGUACUGAUGUACCUUCUACUUCUACUGUAGAAGAAGCCCUCACCCUACCAGUCAGGGAGCCAAUCUGGGCGGCCAUCUGCCGCCCCCUACACUAUGAGGCUGUCAUGAGCAGAGGGCUCUGUGUCCAGUUGAUGGUUCUGUCCUGGCUCAACGGAGGGGCCUUGGGACUCUUGUACACAGCUGGAACAUUCUCUCUGGAUUUUUGUGGCUCUAAUGAGAUACAUCAGUUCCUCUGCGAUGUCCCUGCCCUACUAAAGCUCACUUGUUGUAAAGAACAUGCCAUCAUUAGUGUCAGUGUGGCCAUUGGGGUCUGUUAUGCAUUUUCAUGUUUAGUUUGCAUUGUAGUUUCCUAUGUGUACAUUUUCUCUGCUGUGUUAAGGAUAUCACCAAGACAGAGACAAUCCAAAGCCUUUUCCAACUGUGUACCUCACCUCAUCGUUGUCACUGUGUUUCUUGUGACAGGUGCUGUUGCUUAUUUAAAGCCAGGGUCGGAUGCACCUUCUAUUCUAGACUUGCUGGUGUCUGUGUUCUAUUCUGUCGCACCUCCAGCCUUGAACCCUGUUGUCUACUGUCUGAGGAACAAGGACAUUAAAUCCGCUCUGAGUAAAGUCCUGUGGAAUGUUAGAAGCAGUGGGGCAAUGAAAAGAUGA